GAUUUUGACAGUGAUCAGCAUAACGUACAGUUGAGAAGUUGAAAGUCAAUCCAAAGCUGGAGAAACAUGUGUUGCUGCUGCAACUGUUCCAACACCGCCAAGAAGGUUUGGUCCUUCAUGGGUGUGGUGUUAAUCUUUGGUCUUGCAGCGUUUUUCGGUUUCGGAUGGCCAGCGAUUGUAGAUUCCGUGGCAAGAAGUGAAUUUGUGAUGGAGCCUGGUACCGAAGUGUACGAAAAUUGGAUGGAAUCUACAGUGCCAAUGUAUUUCGACUUUUACUUAUGGGAUUGGACGAAUCCCGAAGAAAUCACUAAUCCGAAUGUUCGACCGAACUUUGUCCAAAAGGGACCAUAUGUCUUCAGUGAGACUCAGGAACGAGUGAAUCACACUUUCAACAACGAUCAUACCAUCACCUUCCAACAGAAGCGAGUUUGGCACUAUAUUCCAGAGCAAUCGACUGGAGACUUCCACACUGACAGAGUCACCACGCCGCAUAUGAUGUUGAUGACUGUCGGAAAAGUGGUUCAACAUGAUCCUGCAUUUAAUUUUCUCUUGAAUACGUUACUCAACAAUAAUGAUCUAGUAGAUGGCAUCGCCUACGAAAAUGUCCUGGUUAAGGAUAUCCUAUUCGACGGAACUGAAGAUAGAUUGUUGGCAGCUCUCAUAAACCUAGCAGAAGCAGUACCUGAAUUAACAGAAGGCCUGGACAUACCCCAAUGGGAUGGAUUUGGAUACUUUAUUGAGCGUAAUACCAGUGCAGAGUACGAUGGAAUUUUCCGUAUGAAUACUGGCACAGACAUGUGGACAAAUACUGGAGAGAUGCGAACUUGGAACGGAGAGCCAAUAGUUCCACAUUAUCGUGGACUAUGCGGACGAGUGCGGGGUUCAACUGGUGCAGUUAAUGCUCCGAUGACCAGUGCGCAGACAAGAAAUCCUCCAGACUUUAACCUGUUCAUUACCGAUUUAUGCAAAGCCAUAACCUUGAAGUAUGAAGGUGACUUUGUAUUGAAUGGCCUCGAAGGAAAACUUUGGGUGGGCGAUAAUAGAGUCUUCGAUAACGGCCACAACUUCCCAGAAACCGAGUGCCAAUGUACCGCUGCUGUUGACGAGUGUCCUGUUCUUGCUCCUGGUGUGCUAGAUGUAUCAGGAUGUAAGUUUGGUUCACCACUUUUGGUUAGCUUCCCACACUUUUAUCUAGCUGAUCCUAGCUACUUGAAUGCUGUGACAGGACUAAGUCCUAUGCGUCAAGCACACGAGUUCCGUUACGCCAUCCAUCCAUUCUCGGGUAUUCCAAUGACCGUCAACGGAAGACUACAGUACAAUGUACAUGUGAAGGACUAUGGAUUGGAUAUUACUAACGGUUUACCUGAUAUUGUUAUACCCGCAUUCUGGGUUGAGCAAAGAGUAGUUCUAACUCAAGAUGUAAUCGAUGAUCUACAGUACAUCGAUACGCUACGGUCAGCAGGAAUCUACACCGCGUACGCACUUCUCGGCUUAGGAGUGCUGAUGUUUGGAGUGGCGCUCUACUUCUCCAUUUUCGUUUGGAAAAACUGAUGAGUUCGAUCUAGCAAUCACAUGACAUGGUUACCAGCAAACACUGUUUUAGGUUUAAGUCUAGGGUUGGUUGUAAAUAAAAAGUACAAU